GGGCGCCGCGCCCGCCGGGGCACGUUAUGUCAUCGUGAAGCGGCGGGGCGCCGGCCCCGACCCCGUCCCCGGCCCCGACGGGCUGCUCUGCAGCUCCUGCUCCUCCUCCCGCUCCUCCCGCACCUCCCGAGGGCGUGGCGGCGGGCGGUGCGGGCCGGCGGUUGCCGCUCCGGCUCGGGGAGCGUCCGUCCGUCCGUCCUUCCUUCCUUCCUUCCGUCCUUGUCUUCCUCCCCCGGCCCCAUGCCGCCGGACCAGCGAGCCCACCCCUACCUGGGCCAGGCGGGCCCGGCCGCCUGCCAGGUGCCGCCGGUCCCGCCGCGCCGCCUCCGCCGGGGCCCCGGGACCGACCCCGCCGCCGCCGCCGCCGCCGCCGGCCUCAAGUGCGUGCUGGUGGGCGACGGCGCCGUGGGCAAGACCAGCCUGGUGGUCAGCUACACCACCAACGGCUACCCCACGCAUUACAUCCCCACCGCCUUCGACAACUUCUCCGCUGUGGUGUCCGUGGACGGCAGGCCGGUGCGGCUCCAGCUUUGCGACACGGCGGGACAGGACGAGUUUGACAAGCUGCGGCCCUUGUGCUACGCCCACGCGGACGUCUUCCUGCUGUGCUUCAGUGUGGUCAGCCCCGCUUCCUUCCAGAACAUCCGCGAGAAGUGGGUCCCCGAGGUCCGGCGCCACUGCCCCGGGGCCCCCGUGGUCCUGGUGGGGACCCAGUCCGACCUGCGCCAGGACGUCGGCGUCCUCAUCGAGCUGGACCGGGGCCGGGAGAAGCCGGUGGCCGGCCGGGCGGCCCGGCUCUGCGCCGACGAGGUCGGGGCCGCCGCCUACGUCGAGUGCUCGGCCUUGACGCAGAAGAACCUGAAGGAGGUCUUUGACGCCGCCAUCUUGGCGGGGAUCCGCUUCUCCGACGCCCAGCAGCAGCACCAGCACCAGCAGCAACCGCCAAAGAAAGCCAAGAGCAGGACUCCGGACAAAAUGAAAACCCUGUCCAAAGCUUGGUGGAAAAAGUACUGCUGCCUGGCGUAGCACCCCCGGCCCCGGACACGGCGGGCUGGAUGGCGGAACCCACGGUAGCUGAGCGGACCGUGGUUUCAGUGUAUUAUAGUGACUGUACAGAUGGCGGAGAGAGAGAGGGUGUGUGUGUGCGUACGUAGGGCUCCGUUCCCGGUCUCCAUCUCUGGCGGUCUCUCCGGGCCCGAGAAGGCACCCUCAAGGACACCAGCGGUCUCCUAACCCCGGGCCUCCAAGUCGUCCCCUCCCGCGGUGGGGAGGACGGUCCGUGGCCGGGCCGUGGAAGCGACGGGAAUUCCGGGCCGCGUGACGGUGUGUCUGUGGACGGGGGCGGGGAGCAGAGAGGCGCCGACGGAGGGGCGGAGACCCCCGUGGAGUCACUGCCGUCAGAAAGGGCUCCCUCCCCCCGGUGCCAACCACUGGGCAGGGGGCGGGCACGAAGUCCAGGGGGCUGGCUCGCUGGCGGGUAGGGAGAGAAGGAGUCGGGAUGGCGGAGGGGGCCUUCCUGAGAGAGCUCACCCUCUUUUCUCCCAUGGCUCCUGGAGCCUGGACAAACUGCUGAUCAGAGAUGAAGCUUCCCAGCACAACGUGAGAGGAUGAAGAGGAUCUGCACCCCCCUGCCCGCCUCCCCCAAGUCAGGAGAUGGGUGCCCAGCUAAUCCACUUUUCUGGAGUUCCUCGUUCACGGAGGCAAUCCCGGUCAUCCCAUGUCAGUCGCUACGCACAACUCCUCACGGCUCUAGGGUGCGGCGCCCCGGGGGCAGCAUCCUGCCUCCGUUCCCAGGCAGAGAAAGGGCCACCCUGAAGCGGCUCGGUCGGGAGGGCCGGAGUCGACUCCCAAAGCUCCAAAGGGAUCAGUGGCCGUGGCGCUCCGGAAUCGGAGCCACCCUGGCUGAUCCCACCUGGUUUCGCCCCCUCCUCUGGGCGUCCGAGGGGGGGACGGGGUGGGACACGUCCCAGAACCAGGGCGCGUGUGUCACGUGUGCGCCUCAGGCGGCCAGCCCACUUCCAGAGCCAGAAAAGGUUCUUGUUCUCCGGCUGGCGUCCCCGAAGGAGAUUUCGUAAUCCAUCCUUGUGUGCACGAGCCCGUCUCCGAGCGUGGCACGUGCCGACCUCCGAGCGUGGCGCGUGCCUCUCACGUCCCGACCUCGUUCCGUUCUCCCCAUCCUGGGCCCGCCGAGGUCCCGGGCCAGUCGGGCGUUCUCUGGAAUGUCUCCUCCGCCGUUCUGGAAAGGAGACGGGUGUUUCGCAAGCCAAAAAGAGGAGACAUUCCUCCACGUCGUCCGAUCCGUCACGUGCCUUACGGGGUGGUGGUUUCGCGGCGAGGACUCUGAGCCGGGUUUUGUUUGAAAAGGAGAUAAAUGAGGUGUGAGGCCGA